UUUUUUUUCACAGAUGGAAGCUAAUUUCAAUUUUAAUAACCGGUGUUGUAUUGCCCUUUGUUUAGCCAAACAAUCAGACAUCUCAUUAUCUCAAGUUAAAAGUCAAUUGCUUGGACAGCUUUCUAAUGGAAUUGAAAAUAUACCUUUUAAUCAUAAUGUUCGUUCAGCAUUGUUGUCAACAGGAAUUUAUCUACUUUAUUCGUCUGGGAAGCACGUUGAAGCACUAUCAAAAUUCUUGUCUGAUUCACUUCUUUUAUUGCCUCAAUUGCGGUGGUAUGAUGAUGCUGAAAUUGACAAAACAAACAGUUAAAUAUUUUUAAAUUCUAAUUUUCCUUUUUGAAGAAAUUACCAUUCACGAGCAAUUUACAUUUUGUUUCAAUACAAUUCUUGCUGAUCUCGCGGCACACUUCC